UGCAAGAAGCUGUGUGGUUGGAUACCGAGUCCGCGAGACCGAGUAGCUUGUAGUUUAGCCAGUUCGUACAUGAUGCGUUUGGCGACAGGAGGCCAUGAUGUCGUGUAUUUUCUGGCUUCUAAAAAGAUGCCUUAAAUCUGAGCUGGCCUAGUUUUCUUCAUCAUGAAACUGGGCGAACGGUUUCGGACGGCAGUGGACCAACGGGCAUUUUAAGCUUGUUUAAAAUCUGAGGGUGAAGUGAGAACAGCUCGGGUGGAUAUUGCGUGUAUGAAGGCGAUGCACUGACUGGACUGUCAGCAGCGUCCUCCCACUUCAUUUAUAUCGGUUACAGGGGGAAACGGAGGUUUCUUUACCAGCUAGAUGUGUUUUCUUCGGGCGGAAAGGCAUGCCGAGGGCUCGUCUGGUGAGUUGGUCGUGACGAAUCUCGUGUUGGAGUAAGGUGCGGAUCAAGGCGCUGCUCGUGUCAGCUCGCUCUUCUGAAAGAAAAUCUCCGCCGGGCAAGUUGCUGUGAAAUUAGUCCAGCUAGCUGCAUGGCGAGGCUCACUGCAGCUACAGCUCUAACGUUACUGUCACCCUUUCCCCUAUGACUCUCAGCGGCUAGCCUACCGCCGGUGGCCAACCAGCUGACGAGCUUGGCUAGCCCCGCCACCUCUGUGGCGUUAGCUCUCUGUUUUUUGUCGGCAGAGAGCGAGAGAAGCUGGCGGCCCUCCGUCUGGAGCCCGAUGAGAAGGAUAUAGGCGCCAUGGCGUGGGUGCUGAAGAUGGACGAUGCUACGAUCGAGUCCGGACUUGUCCACGACUUCGAUGCCAGUUUAUCUGGGAUCGGCCAGGAACUCGGGGCUGGAGCCUACAGCAUGAGUGAUGUGCUGGCUCUGCCCAUCUUUAAGCAGGAGGAUGGAAGCGAUCCUGUCGAGUCAGACAGUAAGAAUCCUCCCUUUCAGUAUGUCCUCUGUGCUGCCACCUCCCCUGCUGUUAAACUGCAUGAGGAGACAGUCACCUACCUAAACCAAGGCCAGUCUUAUGAGAUUCGUCUCCUAGAUAACAGGAAGAAGGGGGAAGUGCCAGAACUCAACAACAAGACUGUAAAGAGUAUAAUCAGAGUAGUGUUUCAUGACCGGAGACUGCAGUAUAUGGAGCAUCAGCAGCUGGAGGGUUGGAAGUGGAAUCGUCCUAACGACCGUCUCCUCGAUAUCGAUAUCCCCAUGUGUGUGGGUAUAACUGAACCCCGAACCCACGCCUCCCAGCUAAAUGCUGUUGAGUUCUUGUGGGAUGUCUCCAAGCGUGCAUCUGUAUUUGUACAGGUGCACUGCAUCAGUACAGAGUUCACCCCACGAAAACAUGGUGGUGAGAAGGGCGUACCGUUCCGCAUCCAGAUAGACACCUUCAAACAGGACGAGAGCGGAGAGUACACACAACACCUGCACUCAGGCAGCUGCCAGAUCAAAGUGUUCAAGCCAAAGGGAGCAGACCGCAAGCAGAAGACCGACAGAGAGAAGAUGGAAAAAAGGAGUGCACAGGAGAAGGAAAAAUACCAACCCUCCUAUGAUACUACCAUUCUGUCAGAGACUCGUCUGGAGCCGGUGAUGGAGGAGGCUGUGGAGCAUGAGCUGAAGAAGUCCAGUAAGCGCACACUGCCUGCAGAUUGUGGAGACUCCACAGCCAAGAGCAAAAGAGGAAGUUGUUCUCCUUGGCCCGAGAAUGCUUACGUGAACCCAAACACAGCAGCUACCCCAACAUUUACCUCUAACACACACUCCUACAGCAGUAGCAAUGCAGUACCCGACAGUGAAACAUCUUCACCCAACCACCAAGGAGAUGCUGGCAGUCAUGUCGCAAUGGAGUCUUUAAGCUCAACAGCGUCUAUGCAGGAUGUGCAGCAGUGGCUCCAUAAUAACAGGUUCAACUCCUAUAGCCGGCUUUUUACACAUUUCUCAGGUUCUGAUCUACUGAAGUUGACUCGUGAAGAUUUGGUCCAGAUCUGUGGGCCAGCUGAUGGAAUCCGCCUUUACAAUGCACUAAAAACAAGAGCGGUCCGACCUCGGCUUACGGUAUACGUCUGUCGGGAGGUGUCUCGCGGCGAGAGCCCCCUGCUGGAGAGACGCUGCCACAGCAAGAACGGAGAGCAUGGCAGUCCCACAGCCAUACAUGUUUACCAUGCGCUGUACCUCGAGGAGAUGACAGCAUGUGAGCUGACCAGAAAAAUAUCCAAUGUGUUAAACCUGCCUCUAACCCACAUUAAUCAAGUCUACAGGCAGGGGCCUACAGGAAUUCACAUACUGCUCAGUGACCAGAUGGUUUCUAAUUUCCCUGAUGAGAGCUGCUUCGCUGUCAGUACAUUAAAAGAUGAUACAAGCGACGGAUUCCAUCUGGUUCUAAAGUAGUUACAGUGGGAGAUUAAGCGGAAGGCGAUAUGAUGACGUCACUGAGGUUCCUCACUGCCGUUCUUGAGCACUGGUCAUGCUCCCUCCAUCCUUCUCUUUCUCCAUCUCUCUGUCUCUCUCUCUCCAUGUUUGAGGCAAGAAAGAGAGAGACCGAGCAGAGGUUGGCUAAGGCCUCCUAACUGUUAGAAUCUGACUUAAGCGAGUACAUUGUUUCAUAUUGAAAACACUUAACCUGAUGAUUGUGUGCGUGUGUGAGAGACAGGAGGUGGGGCUCUGAAGCAUGAGUGUGUGUUUUUUAAGAUGUAAUGGGAGAGAUGGAAGGGAGGGUCAAAAAAACAGACUACUCUGAAACCUUCUACAUGAGCAGGGUGUUUAUGUACGGUCCUAACUGACAGGGCUGUUUCCAAACUCUGUGGCCGGACAGUCCACACACGGGACAAAAAGCUGCCAUCGCUUUAUAGUUUGGUGACAGUACAGUCUCCACUUGAAUAGUUUACCAUGUCUGUAAUAGUGGCUGUGCUGUUUGAUUGCCUGACAUAGAUGUCUAUCAAAAAAGGACUGCACUUUUUACCUUUUUUUGUUUUGUUUUUCUGACGCAGGACACCUUUCGUGUCUGCACAGAUGAAAUGAUUCCUGUGUGAGUGUGAUCACCUGUAGCUCAUUAUCCACUUGUGGAGAUGCGAAGUUUGGGCAACAUUUCCAGCUCUUUUUAUUUUUAAGUAAACUUGUAAACGAUGAUGCUGCUUUGUCUGCGUCUCUUACCAAGACCAAUCAUCUCUGGUGCCAUAAAGAACUGUUUACUAGAUUCUGUUACACAGUAGCUUUUGAGGACUUGUGGCAUUUUUAGUUUGCAUUUCUUUGGGUUGAAUUAAGCAGCCAAAUGAAAUGAGUCAACUUUAGUCCUCGCUCUUGCAAUGACUUGUCAGAAGCUGGCAUGAGAUAUA